AGAUGAAAGUAAAAAACAUUCAUCAAUCAUCGUUUCACUCAGAUACUGAAACGAAAAUAAUAAUAUUUAUUUUCAAUAGGUUCCUAUUCUAAUGUUAUAAUCCCUCUUCUUAACUCUUUACUCUACAAAAUAAUACAUUUUUAAUGUUUCAAAACGUAAUGUUAUUUUUAUAACAUCUGAAGUAGAAAUGUUAUCCGUGGAAACUGCGAUUGGAAAACCGUUUUGGUCAACUGCACAGUUCUUCAAUCUUCACUGAGACAGGUCAAAAACAAGUGAAUACAUGACAGACAUGGUUUACUAUUGUGUUUUCCACAUACACAUUUCCCGGUAGACUUGUUAGUCGACCCAACAAAUGAAAUGCGUUUCAACAAACAGGAGAUGAUCACAUUGGCACAACAACCAUCUAAUAAAUUUGAUAAAGAAGGGCUGUUAUUUGUACGCGAACGCCAAGAAGGGUUUUUCAGAAGAACUGAAAAGAGAGAUUCAAAGCGAAGCAAAAAACGGGAACGUCUAAGCGAUUUGAACUGUUAUGGCGGAUCACAUAAAGCUAAUUUUGAGCGUUGGUGUCGUUUAAGAGGAAAUCUGCUAUUUUAUCUUAAGUCUCAUGAUCAGCUAUCAGAUUUACUAGGUGUUAUUGUUCUACAAAAUUAUUCUGUACAAUUAGACGAGUCUCCACCAGAAGGACCAUUUAGUUUCCAAAUAGUAUUUGAAAAUGGUAUCUGUCAACAAAUUGCCGCACAUACAGAGCCAGAAAGAGAUUCUUGGUUAGAAGCUAUAAAGCAAGCAAGCUACGAAAUCAUGCGGGCUAGACUGUUGGAUUUAAGAAGGCAAUUAGAAGUAAAACGAAAACCAGAUUUAGAUAUUAAUAUGUGGAGAUUACGUAAAAAUCAACCUAAACUAGAUCUAACAAAGGUACCAUUGUGCGAAAUAUGUUUUUCUUGUGAUAACCUGAUGUGUGAUGGGCAUGGGCGUUCUCCAAAUCCAGCAAUUGUUGUAUCGAUUUGUAUACCAAGUGAAAAUGUUUGGAUAAACUAUGCUAACACAGAAGUUAUUAUUGAUAAUAGUAAUCCAACAUUUUUGAGAACUAUAUGGUUACAAUGCAGUGAUGGAUUAACUGAGGAUUGUAUCCUUCGAGUAUCAGUCUAUGAUGUCCGAGAAUGUAUUUCUGGAACCGCUGUAAAAAUGGGACAUUGCGAAACAACACUUUGUUCGUUGUUAGAAACUACUCAUUCGGGAAACAAUGGGCAACGUGUUCGUUUGCCCCUGUCAUCACCAAGUAUUAGAUCCGAUUUAGAUAAAAUUAUUGGUUUUGUGUCAAUGACAAUUUGUCGACCAGACAAACAGAUUGGACAUAACAUGAGUACAGAGUCCACACCAUGCAAAUCAUUAAUGUAUAACAAUCAUAACUUUCCUAUGGUAAAUCACCGAAGGACACAGUCAUUGCCUCCAAGACUUGGAUCUAGAUUACGUGUUCCCUUACAGAACUAUCUGUAUUUAUUAUUUGAUAAUGUAUCGUUUGUUACUUAUCGUUUUCAUUCUGGUCUAAGGGGUGAUAUAUCUGUUUAUGAAAUAAUGGCUGAAAGCAAGUUAUGCUUUUAUUUACCACAACAAUUAUUAAACAUAUGGAUACUUGAAGAAAAAGAACUUUUGCAAGAAGUGUCAGGAAUGGGUGAAUUGUCUGAGCCAUGGCACUCAAAACAAGUAGAACUACUUGACCGACAUUUGCAACUAUUACAUUUGUAUUCUCAAGCCAAACAAAAUCUCGAAAAUCAGAAGGGGGUUCAUUUUAAACCAAGUUCGCGUAAAAACGAUCGUUCUUUAGAGUUUGCGCCAACAAACUUACACUUACAACGAAUUUGGGUUCAAAAUGACACACUAAAAAAGAGUGGAUUUUAUGAUACAAUUACAGUUGGCGCAUUUACUGCACAUUCACAUAAAUCUAAAACUGGAGGAUUGAUAAAACUAUUACAACAACUCAAAGAAGCACCACUUAAGACAAACGGCCAUGCCAUGGCCAGUAGUAAAAUUACUAUGGCGUUUGAUGCCAUUCAAGCAAUUAAACUUCUAAGACGAGAGGUAGUAGAUGCAAUGAAAAUUUUGUUAAAUUUAGCUAAAGACAAACAAACUGCAGGAAUGAUGCCAAUUUGUAAUGAUAUGAUAUCCAAAACUCGUAUUUUGCUAAGCCUCUGGGAUCCAAAACUUGUUGAAGAAGCUUUAAAUUUUAUUGAAGAGCAUAAAGUGACACCUGUCUUGUGUGAUGACAAUGAAUCCAUUAAACAUACUUCAAAUUAUCAUGUAUCGCCAUUUAAACGCAUAGCAAGCCAGAUAAAUUUUGAUCUACAAUCACCAGAUACUGAAGAUUUGUAUACUCCGGAAAGCCCAAAAUGUUUGAGGAAUUUUAUGAAGUUUGAUUCAAAAGAAAUCCAAGAGGAACGUGACUUGAGCGGUAAUGAAGACCAACAACAGUUUAUUGUGUUUCCUGAAUCUAAGGGUGAAAUGGACAAUAAUCAAGAAGAUGCAAACCAUAUUUCUGGUUCAAAAGAAAAUUCACUACCUAAUGAAAACAGCAAUGGUAUGAAAACAGGUCAAUUUUUGGACACUUACUCAAUGUGUAAUUCACCGUCAGCCAACUAUUAUAAGCCAACUGAAGAACCAGAACCUUGGGAACUUACUCAAUUGAAUAUUGAAGCUAGUAUUAUGUGUCUUGUGAGCAAAGUUAAAUUUUUGUGUGGCCGUUGCAAUAGUCCAGCAGUAAGGUUGAGAUCUCAAAGAAGUCAUAGCUUUCGUUCAAAUUCAUCAACAAAUCAAGCAACAAAUUGUCAUCAGCCUGUGAGCUUAGAUUCUAGAAUCACUCAAAUUUCCAAUAAAGAAGCACAAACAACAACUAAUAACAAUGCACCUUCUAGAAACAAGUUUACAGAAGGACUUGAUUUUAGUCUAAUGACUGAUUGGGGUUCUGAAUUAAAGCCAAGCAUGCGUAAACUUCGUCAAGCUAUGGAUGGACUUUUAAAAACUGCUAGACUUACACAUAGUGUUUUUAGAGUACAAGAGGAUAAACGAUCAGCUGAAAGGUCAUGCAAUGUUCGUUACCGUAGACAUGUUUGUUUUUCACAAGCGUUGACUGCUCUGGUUAGUGGUUUAAUGGCGAGAUUGUGGUGUCAAAAACCUGAACCUGAAUUCCUGUAUGUAUUGUCUUCAAUUGGUUGUUUAGCCUCUUUUGAAUGUCUAUUGAGUUACUAUGGUAAUGAAAUUGACAUGUGGGGCGACAUGGCUAUUGCCAUUGAAGAUCUUGCCACUGUGAACUUCACCUUAUUACCAUUAUCGCAAGCUGUUAGAGAAAAUCCAAAAGAUGAAAUCAUGCCACGGAUUAUUGGUUCUAAGAACUCUUUAUGUGUUUUAUUACCAGUUCCUGAUUUAAUUCAAUCUUUACUGCCUUCUAAAAACAUUGCUCCAUUUCGGGUUACACCUGUUUUUUUUAAUAUGGGUAUUAAUGAAAUGGCAACUAUCGCGGAAAAUCUUGGAAAUACAAAACCACAGGAUAGUAGCAAUAUUGAUAAUUUUGAAAGAUUAAAUGAAUUCUGUUCGAGAUACCGAAAACUUAAUUUAUCGAAUAAUGGUGAUUGUGAGCGACAAGGCACUUCUGUUUCAGAACUAAUGAGCAAUUUAAAAGAUUCAUUACAAAGCAGUAAAAGUAAAAAUGUAGAAAUACUACAAAUAGCAGCUAUAGUAUGUCGCCGUUUAAAAGGUUUAAGAUUUACAAGUUGUAAAAGUGCCAAAGACCGAACAGGUAUGUCUGUUACACUCGAACAGUGUUCUAUUCUGAAUUUGGAAUAUGGACUUGCAGAAAGUGAAAUUCAAAGAGCAUUAGAUUGUAUGAGAAGUGAGGGGUGUAGGAGAGAAAAUGCAUACAAAAACACUGGUGUCAGAAAAUAUGCAUUUAACAGAUUGCAACACUUCACCUUACCACAAAUGUAUAGACCUCCGGCAGGUACUUAUGGAUCAAGCCAAACUUAAAUGGUUACCAUGGCUAUUAUACCAUUUUGUUAUUUAUUUUAUUUCAUUUUUCUUUCUUCAAUUGACAAACAAAAUUAUCAAUGUUCCUAUACUGAGACUGCUGUCUGACGUACUUAGAACUUCUGCGGAUUAAUUUUUGAAAUAAGAAAAACUCACUACCACAAUAACUAUUAUUCAUAUUUUUAAUGGGUUUUAUUUUUGAGAGAAAGAAUAAGUACUAAUAUUCAUUUGCUUGAUUGAUUUUGGGGUUGAUUAAAAUAAAAUAAUUUUGAAUAAAUCGGGCAGAGAGGUUUUUGUCCGGAUUAAGCAAAUAAGUGAUAAUGGUUGAUUUUGUCCUAAGAAUUUUGUCCAUAAUAUAUGGUGGUCUGUAGUAUCCAGUGGAUGGAUAAAAUGGCAAAUUCUGUAUUAGUUAUUUAAUUACAAAUUGAAUUAGUCAUUACUUACGUAAUACUUAUUGAAUAUUAAACUGGUACUAAUGGCAUGAAUAAAUACUUAUUUCGUCUGAUAUUCACUUAGAAUUAUAGGAACAUAUUAUUUGAUAACUGAAAAAAAAAGUAUACUAAUAUGUUUUAAUUUUUUAUACUACUCUGCAUUUUAUCUAACAAGGUGAAUUAAUGAGUUCUAAACAAUAUAAUGUAUUACACUAUAACAUUACAUUUAAUCGAUUUAAAAUUCAGCAUAAUAUACAAUUGUCACAAAUGUUCAAUUACUUGUUUUAAUUGCUCCAAAUGGGAAAAUGGUUUUCUAGAAACUUGAUAGGUACGUAGAUAUUGCAAUUAUAGGAUGAAAUGUUUCAUUUUAAUUAAUAACAAUUUUUUUUAAAAAGUUAUUUAAUUUGAAUAUCUUGACUGUUUAAUUAUUGACUAUAUGAUAUGAAUCAGAGGCUGAAGAGUGUAGACAGUAGAAGAGGGAUUGAUGGUUGAUUAAAAUUGCUCGAUUUAAUUUGUUAUGUAGGCAUGUAGGUCUCCUCUAGCCUCCAUAAUAUUUUAUAAUAGUUAUCAGUUUUAUUCAUUUUUAUUUUAUUUAGUGCUUAUUUGACAGUUAUAUUAUUAUUAACGUAAGGCUCAAUAGGGUAUAAUAAAUGGUAUUAUUUGAUAAUCUCGUAUAAAAUAUUUGAGAAUAGAAAUAAUAUGUCUUAAAAAGUUAAAAUUAUACAACAGCUAAUGGGAAUUAUAUUAUCGAGAUUCGACGAACAAAUUUUGCCAGAUACUUUUUCGCUCAAUAUUCCCUCAAAUCCAUCGUAUUCCAAUUGUAUAAUAUCAAAAUGAUACUCCCUCUUCGAAUAUAAAAUACACAUGCAUUAAUUCAAAAAUAUGCGUCAUAUUAGAAUUCCAUCUUUUCAUUAAGUACUUGACGUGUGUAGAAAAUAUACUGUAAUACAUUUUUCCUCAGUAAAACAUAAGUUGCAUAGCCUUGAUAUUUAUAAUUUGUCGUGCCAAAGUUCUAAUAAAAAACCAGUAAAAUUAAAUUUUGAGACAAUUAUUUUUUUCUUCAUCAAAAUUAUUUUAGUAAUAAUUUUGACUGUAUAUUAUAACAAUAUACAUUAUUAUAUUGUUUCAUUACUAAAUAGUAAAUACUGGUCAUAUAUUCGUGUACGUGUUCUGGGUUGCAUGAACAAUCACUA